AUGGAAUCUAUAGUGUGGGCACAAAAUACCAAUCAGGUACCUAUAUCUGUAUGCAGUGAGAACUGCCCUCCAGGUACAAGGAAGGCUGUACAGAAAGGAAAGCCUAUAUGUUGCUUUGAUUGCAUACCAUGUGCUGACGGAGAGAUCAGCAAUAUGACAGAUUACUGGUCAAAUUCACGGAAAGAUGAAUGUGUAAAGAAGGACAUUGAAUAUCUGUCCUAUGAAGAAACUAUGGGAAUUUUGCUUACAGCUGUUUCUAUUAUUGGUGCAUUUCUUACAAUGGUAAUAUCAAUAAUAUUCUUUAGAUACAAACAUACCCCAAUAGUCAAAGCCAACAACUCUGAGCUGAGCUUCCUGCUGCUCCUUUCUCUGACUCUGUGUUUCCUUUGUUCACUUACUUUCAUUGGUCAGCCCUCUGAUUGGUCCUGUAUGUUACGCCACACAGCAUUUGGGAUCACCUUCGUCCUCUGCAUCUCCUGUGUUCUGGGAAAAACCAUUGUGGUGUUAAUGGCCUUCAGGGCUACACUUCCAGGUAGUAAUGUAAUGAAAUGGUUUGGGCCUCUACAGCAAAGACUCAGUGUACUUGUCUUCACUCUAAUACAGGUCCUCAUUUGUGUGCUUUGGUUAACCAUAUCCCCUCCUUUCCCUUUUAAAAAUCUAAAGACCUACAAGGAAAAAAUUAUUCUAGAAUGUAAUCUGGGUUCUACCAUAGGUUUCUGGGCUGUGCUGGGUUAUAUAGGAUUUUUGGCUUUUUUAUGUUUUGUUUUGGCUUUUCUUGCUCGGAAGUUGCCUGAUAACUUCAAUGAAGCCAAACUCAUCACAUUCAGCAUGCUCAUAUUCUGUGCAGUUUGGAUCACCUUCAUUCCAGCAUAUGUCAGCUCUCCUGGAAAAUUCACUGUUGCUGUAGAGAUAUUUGCCAUUUUGGCAUCAAGCUUUGGGUUGCUGUUUUGUAUAUUUCUUCCAAAGUGUUAUAUCAUCAUACUGAAACCAGAAAAGAAUACUAAAAAGCAAAUGAUGGGUAAAACACCAGUGAAGUGA